AUGGCCGCCGCAGGAGACGCCGCAGAGGUCAACAUCCAGAUCUGGAAGGUCAAAAAGCUCGUCAAGCAGCUCGAUGCUGCUCGCGGUGCUGGUACUUCCAUGAUCUCUCUCAUCCUUCCACCAAAAUCUCAAAUCUCCCAAGCAUCCAGCAUGUUGACACAAGAAUACGGUACCGCCUCCAACAUCAAGUCCCGUGUCAAUCGUCUCUCCGUUCUUGCCGCCAUCACAUCCACGCAGCAGCGUCUCAAACUCUACAACCGAGUCCCCGAUAACGGUCUCAUAGUCUACUGCGGUACCAUCCUGACAGACGAAGGCAAAGAAAAGAAAGUCAACUUCUCAUUCGAACCUUUCAAGCCCAUCAACACUUCGCUUUACCUCUGCGAUAACAAAUUCCACACUGAAGCACUCAGCGAGUUGCUCGAAGCCGAUGCCAAAUUCGGUUUCAUCGUUAUGGACGGUAACGGUUCCCUCUUUGGUACUCUUUCCGGAAACACCCGUACUGUUUUGCAAAAGCUUUCGGUGGAUUUGCCAAAGAAGCACGGUCGUGGUGGUCAAUCAGCCUUGCGUUUCGCUCGUCUUCGUGAGGAAGCUCGUCACAACUACGUCCGUAAAAUCGCCGAACUCUCCACUCAACACUUUAUCACCGAUAACAAGUGUAACGUUGCUGGCUUGGUGUUAGCCGGUUCAGCCGAUUUCAAGACCGAACUCAGUCAGUCGGAUAUGUUCGACUACCGACUUCAGCCUAAGAUCGUUAAGAUCGUCGAUGUUAGUUAUGGUGGAGAAAAUGGAUUUAACCAGGCAAUCGAGUUGGCUGCGGAGACUUUGUCCAACGUCAAGUUUGUUCAGGAGAAGAAGUUGAUUCAGAAGUACUUUGACGAGAUUUCUAUGGAGACUGGCAAGUACUGUUUCGGUCUGGAUGACACUUUUAAAGCAUUGGAUUUGGGUGCGGUGGAGACCUUGAUCGUUUGGGAGAACCUUGAUGUCAAUCGUUACCUUCUCAAGGAUAGCGAGGGAAGCCAGCACAUUUUGAUGCUGACAAAGGAACAGGAGAAGGACAGGGCUCGAUUUAUGGACAGAGCUACGGGCGAGGCUAUGGAACAGGUCGAGGAACCUAUGCCACUCUUGGAAUGGUUGGCAGAGAACUAUAGGCAGUUCGGUGCCAACUUGGAGUUUGUCACGGAUAGGUCGCAGGAGGGAAUGCAGUUCUGUAAGGGUUUCGGUGGUAUCGGCGGCAUCUUGAGGUACAAGGUUGCGUUUGAGGAUAUGGCGGUGUUUGAGGAUGAGGAUGAGUUUAUGAGUGAUGAUUCGGAUGAUUAA